GGUCAGAAUGUAUCCCUAAAAGUCUAAGGGAUGUCGGAUAAGAUCGAUUGUAUCGUUCCGUCGCCCAUUCUCGAUGUCCCGGUGCUCAAAGGGCAAUCGCGCCCCUUUCGAUCGGACAUGGCCGGAAUCCUCGUUCGAAGGAUAUAGACCAUCCUCACAUGAUCACAUGUAUCGUGAUUGAUCACUCUCAUAACCAUCAAAUACUUGCAUAUCAAGUAGCUCCUCUAUAGCUUCCUGUGAUCUACAAACUCUACUCUGGACCUCCCAGCGGUCUGACGGAAGAGCCAUCUUCCCUUGCAGACAUACCUUUCCACUGGCCUACCCUCCGCGAACUUCGUUUGAUCGUCCCACCAUGACGUCCCGGACGACCAGCAGUACCAAGAUCGGCAUCUUGGUGGCCACGAUGCUAGUGUCAGGGAGCGCAAAUUCGCUACUGACCAAGUAUCAGGAUAUGCAAUGCGUCAAGAACUGUGCACCAGGAGAUCACCACCGAGAAAACUUCGAACAGCCUGUUUGGCAAAGUCUCAACAUGUUCAUCGGGGAGAUGAUGUGUCUUGUUGCGUUUGCCUUGCAACCAUAUUUUGCCCGCUUCCGAGGUCGUUCUACCGAUGCCUACGAACCCCUAUCUCAAGAGGACGACCGGGUCUCAUCCGAGACAGUCCGACCGCCGGCAGUAAAGACAUCUGGAGAAGACACGGACCGCACCAUCCUCCCCUUGGCCGGCUGGGCCAAGUUCUGGUUCCUCCUGCCGACCAUCUGCGAUUUGACCGGGACGACCCUGAUGAAUGUCGGUCUCAUCUAUACCCCCGUCUCCAUCUACCAGAUGACACGAGGACUCCUCGUUCUCUGGGUUGGGAUCUUCAGCGUCAUCUUCCUUCGUCGAAAGCUGUACGCGUACCAAUGGGUGUGUCUGGUACUCGUCACGACUGGAGUCGCGCUCGUAGGCCUCGCUGGUAGUCUGGUGAAAAAGGCCGCCGCGCCGGAUGACGACCAAGGUUUGACCCUGUUAAAACGAGUCGCCGUAGCUGUAGCAAACAUGGCGGGCCAAGAGGAUCCUGCCAAGGUGUUCAUCGGCGUGCUUUUCAUCGCCGGCGCGCAAAUCUUUACCGCUUCUCAAUUCGUCAUUGAAGAGAAGAUUUUGGCUACCUAUGCCGUCGAACCAUUGCAAGCAGUCGGCCUCGAAGGCCUGUUCGGAGUCCUGCUCAUCAUCAUCGCCAUGCCCAUCCUGCAUCUCUUGUUCGCCGCGAAGUCGGAUUACUUUGACAUCCCGCUUGGGUACCGUCAGAUCAUCAAUGAUCCCAAGAUCGCGGGGAUCUCCGCUGCUAUCUGCGUGUCCAUCGCUCUUUUCAACUUGUCUGGUCUUUCCGUCACGAGAGCCGUCAGCGCUGCUGCUAGAUCUACGAUCGAUACCUGUCGAACCUUGACCAUCUGGAUAGUCUCGUUGAGUCUCGGUUGGGAGGUCCUCAUCUGGCCUUAUAGCUUGCUUCAGGUUGCAGGAUUCGCUCUACUAGUAUACGGUACCUUCGUUUUCAAUGGCCUGGUGAAGCCCCUCAUCUUUGCCCCCAGCGCCAUCGCUUUGCCGCACGAAGCGUCUCUAGAGCAUACGGGCGGUUUACCAGCCGCAGGUGCAGAGGGGAGAGUAGGGUACGACAUCUUGCCCGAGAAUGAGAGCGGUACCUCGGGCAGUCGCACUCCCACCGGUCGAUGAACACCGGCCGGAUUAUGACUAGUUCUCGUGCAUACCGCCGUGCUAUCUGGAUACAAUGACUUUGGCAUAUCUACACGUUCAUGUGCAUAGGAUGAUAUUUGUGAUUCUGCCACGCCGCUUCCCUCUUGGCUUACAGUCCUUGAUAAAGGUGCCCAUCUAGUGUCAUGGCUGAAAGCACCGGAUUUCUUUGUCACCCUCUCUUUGAAACAUGGAUAAAUUGCCAAGGGCUCGCUCUGCUUUUGCCAAAGUCAGUCCUCAACCACCAGUAUCGUGCAUCCCGAAUGAUGGGCUUUUGAUGUUUGAUUCCCCG